AUGCUGAAACGACCUGGUGUCAGGAAGAUUGUGGAGGACACGGUCUCAAAAAUCACAGUGUCAGAUGGGAGCAGCUUCGAGCUGCUGAUUCAACGGCUGAACGCAGGACUUCGGGCUUACACCAAGGAGGAGCGUAAGAGGGUCUGUGCUACGUGUGCUAACCUUGCUGAAGCAGUCGCAACCCUGAGGCAGGAGGUGUUGGGUAACCCACGGUGCGAUGUCAGAAGGCAGCGCUUGAAUGAAAAAGAGGCGCAGCUCAAGGAGUAUUUGGCGCGCAGGCAAGACAGGCUUCUCCUGCUGGCCGGACUGGACAGGGAACUCACAAGCGAGAUUUCCUCGAAGCAGCUGUCGUCAAUGGUGAAGAAGCCUCUCCCGGGGAAGAAGCUGAGUCCCUGGAACACGGGUGAGUUGGAAGCGGAAUGGACGGAGGCAGAGGUGAAAGCAGCUUUUUCCGCAAUGGCGGACAAUAAAUCUCCAGGGUUGGACGGUUUACCGAAAGAACUCUUUGAGAUGCACGGGGACCUGCUGGGUGGGAGUUUUAUGGCGUUGGUGAAGGACUUCACCACCUCUGCGACUCUUCCGACGGACAUAAAAGCUGCGGUGACCAUACUUCUGCACAAGAAAGGGGAGAAGGACCAGUUAAACAACUACCGCCCUAUAACGCUGCUAAACUUCACCUACAAAGUGUUAGCAAGAGUGGUGGCAGACCGAAUCAAGACGGUGUUGCAUCGCGUGAUCUCACCUGAGCAGUACGGUUUCCUCCCGGGGAGAAGGGCUUCAGAUGCUGUGGCACUGGUUGCGGACAUCAUCGAUGCGGCAAAGAACGGGAGCGAGGACUGGUUUUUACUGCUAGUUUACUUUCAGAAGGCGUUUGACUCCGUCUCCCACGGCUUUGUCUUCGAAGUCAUGAGGAAAAUGGGUUUCCCGCCGCGGCUUGUGUCCUGGAUUGAGGGCCUGCAUACAAACACCACGACAAGGUUGCUCAUCAACGGUUGGCUGGGAGAAGGAAUAGAUGUUGCGUCCGGGGUGAGACAAGGCUGCCCGUUGGCCCCUUACAUUUUCCUCUGCGCCGUUGAACCGUUGGCGCAGGAGGUGGAGAGGAAGAAGCUGGGAAUCUGCAAAGCAGGGAUGCGGCUGGGCUAUCUGGGAUACGCGGAUGACACCACGCUCCCCCUGCAAGGCGAGCAGCAAAUUAAAAAAGCAGAGAAGCUGCUAGACAAGUUCGAGAAGAUGUCCGGUCUAGCCACCAACAAGGAGAAGUCGGUGGUGUUGCCGCUCGGCGCGAAUCGGGGCAGACCGUCGAGGGGAGCCUUCAAGUGGGCGAAGCCGGGCGAUGCGGAGCGGUUGCUGGGGGUUUGGGUAACCCCAGACGGUGAUGGGCAGCAGACUUGGGACCUGGCGCUGGGAGACAUCACAAAGAAGCUGGUUAGCUGGAGGAAAAAAUAUCCCACCGUCAAGGCAAGAACGGCAAUGGUGAAUAACUACAUCCAACUGAAAGUGGCAUCCCAAGCUCAGGUGUACCCUGUCAGAACAUAUAUGUAG